AUGGUGCGAGCGCAGGGGGUGUGGUGUGGGGGGGAGGUGACCUCCAACGAGGUUGCUGCGCGCAUGGCCGAGGCGGAGGCCACGGAACGAGACAUUGACGCGGCGCGCGAGGGGUACCGCCCCGUGGCGCGCCGCGGGGCGCUGCUGUUCUUUGCCAUCAGCGAGCUGGCUGGGGUUGACCCGAUGUACCAAUACAGCCUGGGGUGGUUCAGAGCGCUGUUCGUGCGCGGCAUGGAGGAGACGCCAAAGGCCGACAGCGUGGACGCGCGCGGCGCCGCCCUGAACGAGGCGUUCACCUUCUCCCUGUUUGAGAACGUGUGCCGGUCCCUGUUUGAGCGCCACAAGCUCAUGUUCUCGUUCAUGCUGGCCGUCAAGGUGAUGCAGCAGCAAGGGCGCAUCGACGCAAAAGACUGGCGCUUCCUCCUUGCCGGUCCCACCGCCGCCCCGGCCCGCACCCCCGGCGCCGGCGCCGCCGAGGCGCCGCCGCCGCCGCCAGCCAACCCCGGGGCGGGCUGGCUGACCAACAAGUCUUGGGGCGAGGUGCUGGCGCUGGACGCGCUGCCGGCCUUUUCUGGGUUUGCGCAGCACGUGGCGGAGUGUGAGGAGCAUUACCACGCCCUCUUCGACAGCGCACAGGCCCACGAGCACCCCCUGGCGGAGCCCUUCGCCUCGCGCCUCUCCAGCUACCAGCGCCUCCUGGCGCUGCGCUGCCUGCGGCCCGACAAGGUCCUGGCGGGCGCGCGGCUGUUUGUCGGGGAGGUGCUGGGGCGGCGGUUCGUGGAGCCGCCGCCGUUUGACUUGGCGACGUGCUUUCGGGAGAGCGGGCCCGCGACGCCGCUGGUGUUUGUGCUGUCGCCCGGCGCCGACCCCAUGGCCGACCUCCUGGCGCUGGCGGAAGAAAUGAAGUUUUCGAAAAAGUUCGAAAAGGUGUCGCUUGGCCAGGGCCAGGGCCCGAAGGCCGAGCGGCUGCUGGCGGCCGGCAUGGAGCGCGGGCUGUGGGUGUGCCUACAGAACUGCCACCUGGCUGUCAGCUGGCUGCCCACGCUGGAGCGCAUCGUGGAGGGCAUACAGCCCGACAAGGUCCACAAAGACUUCAGGCUGUGGCUCACCAGCGCACCCAGCCCGGCCUUCCCGGCGUCAAUCCUCCAGGAGGGCGUGAAGAUGAGCCUGGAGCCGCCGGCCGGCCUGAAGGCCAACCUGCUGCGACAGUACAACAGGUUCUCGGAGCAGUACCUGGCCGGCAGCAGCCGGCCCCUGGAGUGGCGCCGCCUGCUGUUUGGCAUGUGCCUCUUCCACGCGGUGGUGCAGGACAGGCGCAAGUUUGGGCCGCUGGGCUGGAACAUACGCUACGACUUCACGGAUGGGGACCUGUCUGUGAGCCUGGCUCAGAUGAGGGAGUUCCUGGAGGAGGCAAAAGACCAGGUGCCGUACAAGGUGCUGCGCUUCCUCUUCACUGAGAUCAACUACGGCGGCAGGGUCACAGACGCCCAGGACCGCCGCCUCAUCAACGCCCUGGUGCUGGAGGAGGGUUACGCCUUCUCACCCGGCGGCACCUACGCCACACCCGGCUGCGAGACGGUAAAGGAGUUUGUGGAGCACAUCUCCUCCUACCCCCUGGCCCCCUCCCCCGACAUCUUUGGCCUCCACGACAACGCUGACAUCACAUGCGAACAGGCCGAGUCCUAUGGGAUGCUGGGCUCCCUGCUGGCGCUGCAGCCGCGCGCGUCCGGCGGCGGCGGCGGCGAGAGCCAAGAGGACGCCAUAGCGCGCAUAGCAAACGGGAUCCUGGAGACGCUGCCGGCCUCCUUUGACCUGGAUGCGGUGGCGGCCGCAUACCCCACGUCCCACGCCGAGUCCAUGAACACCGUGCUGCUGCAGGAGUGCAUCCGGUACAACGCGCUGCUGGAGGUGGUGCGGGGCAGCCUGCAGCAGGCGCUCAAGGCGCUGCGCGGCCUGGUGGUGAUGAGCCCAGACCUGGAGGCCGUGGCCUACAGCCUCUACGACAACCAGGUCCCCGAGGCGUGGGCGGCCAAGGCAUACCCGAGCCUGAAGCCCCUGGCGGCCUGGGUGGCCGACCUGCUUGAGCGGCUGAGGUUCAUAGGGGGCUGGGUGGCGCAGGGGCGGCCCGCGGUCUACUGGAUAUCGGGCUUCUUCUUCCCACAGGCCUUCCUGACCGGCAUGCUCCAGAACUUUGCGCGCCGCCACGGCCACCCCAUUGAUGCUGUCGCGUUUGAGCACCUGGUCAUGGACUUUGGGCCGCCAGGGGGCCAGUGGGAGGCGCCAGAGGACGGCUGCUACGUGCGGGGGCUGUUCCUGGAAGGGGCGCGCUGGGACGCGGAGGCGCACGCGCUAGCCGAGUCGCGCCCCAAGGAGCUGUACACACAGAUGCCCGUCCUCUGGCUGCGCCCCCGCCACACCCGUGGCGCCACCGCCGCCGCCGCCAACGCCACCGCCGCCGCGCCGGCCCCUGCCGCUGCGGCGCGCGGCUACGAGUGCCCCCUGUACAAGACCGUGCAGCGCGCCGGCACGGUGUCGACCACCGGCCACUCCACCAACUUUGUCAUGAGCGUCGACCUGGAUGGGGGCGGCCGGCCGGCAGGGCACUGGGUCGCGCGCGGCGUCGCGCUGUUUGCGGCGCUGCCCUUCUGA